AUGGUCUUAAACAGGCUAGCAGGCAAUGGUACUCCAAACUGUCCACAGCCUUAUUAUCUUACGGAUAUACACAAUCUGCCUCUGACCAUUCCUUAUUUUCUUAAAGCUGUCUCUUCUGCAUCUUUUACUGUCAUCUUGGUGUAUGUAGAUGAUGUUAUAUUGGCAAGCAAUGAUAUCUCUGAAAUCACUAGAAUCAAACAACUUCUUGACAAAGCAUUCACUAUCAAAGAUCUAGGUGCACUUAGGUAUUUUCUUGGCCUAGAACUGGCACGCUCAAAAGAGGGCAUCUUUCUCUCCCAACGAAAGUUUGCCUUAGAACUUCUUGAUGACACUGGUUAUCUCAGAUGUAAACUAGCUUCUACACCCAUGGAUCCUCACCUCAAACUUUCAAAGGACAAAGGUUCUCUACUUGAUAAUCCGCUGUCAUACAGAAAACUGAUUGGUAAAUUGCAAUAUCUGACUACUACAAGACCCGAUUUAAGCUUUAUCACCCAAUAA